AUGGGUACGAACAUUCGGGAGAAGCAUCAAUGGCAGCGACGAGCUUUCCGGAUCCUCAAAAAGUGCAGCCACCUGAGCUUCCAGUCACGCCAGCCUAUAAGAACAUGGUCAUGCAUUUCUAUUGAAAUUCAGAGUCACCUGCCUGUGGCCGUUUCAGAGAAAGAAGUAUGUCGGGAGACUAUCCCUUGCUCUUGCGUUGUCAUGGGUGGCGUCUUAUGUUGCGAUGAAGCAGGUUCUACUUCACAGCGGUCACAAAGACCGCAGUCUCCACAAAAGGGCCGUGCCAAGCCUUACACGAAUCCACUGCCAACGACGCCAAGCGAUCCCUGGAGCAGUGCUAUGGCUGCAAAGAACAUGCCACAAAUUCCAAAGGUCAGUCGGUCGUGCUUCGUUUGCUACACCUGUGCGGCAACAGACAAGGUGCGGAAAGGAACAGACCUGGAGGCACAGCUGGGAGCGCCGCCUUCCCUGUCCAAUGAGGCGUACAAGCGCAGCCCAAUAAGACGUACCUGA